AUGCUGUGUCUGCGUAAGCGCGCCCUGUACGAUGACCGCGGCUGUCUGAUGAGUGGUCAGGACGUUUGCGACUGUCUGCAGCCCGACUGUCCAGGCUGCCACUUCCCCUGCGCCAAGUGCGGCUCUCCCAUGUGCGGUCACGAGUGCAGGUCGGUCCAGGCCCGGCUGGGGAGUCAGCCGCUCGUCGUGCAGGUGUACGCGCCGAUCGGCGCCUCCGCCUACCACCGCACGCUCUACGUGUUCGGCUGCGCGACGCCCGAGUGCGCCAACGAAAGUGCCGCGUGGUGCUGCGUGCGCGCGCAGCAGCGGGCGACCGGCGGCGCCGAGCCGGCGCCUGUGCCGGCCGAGCGUGCACCGGCCGCCGCCGCCACCGACUGGCUGGAUGAGGCCGACGACUGGGGCAGCGACGACAGUGGCGGCAGCAGCGGCGUGCAGGAGCUGGCGCUGGACGCCGACAACGCCAACCUGGCGGCGGCCAGCGAGGCGGCGCCGGCCACCGCUGAGCUGGAGCCUGCAGCUGAAGAGGGCGUGAGCCCAGAGCCGGCGCAGCCUCCUACGUGUGACGUGCGUGCGCUGUUGGCCGCGCGGCCGCCGCCAUUGCACGGGCCCGUCACUUUCCGGCCGGCCUACCUGGGCGUGGUGGAGGAGCCGGCGCCGCGCGGCGCGCCCUCCCACCACGAGCUCGACCUGCUGCGCGCGUACCAGGCGCGCGAGGGCGUUAACCUGGCACAGCUGUCCGCGCCCGGCGGUGGCGGGGACGGCCCGACCGCCGCCGCCGCCGAGGGCUACGAGCGCGCCGCGCCGGCGCACGGCGACCGGCUGCUCUACAAGCUGAUCCAGCGUCUGGAACUGUGUCCGGGCCAGGUGCUGCGCUACUGCCGGGAUGGCGGCGCGCCGCUGCCGCUGGCGCCGCUGCCGCCGGCGCCGCCCGCCUGCCGCCACUGCGGCGCGCCGGCCGUGUUCGAGCUGCAGCUGCUGCCGACGCUGGUGGCGCGGCUGCGCGUUGCGGACGCGGCCGGCGGCGAGCAUGCCGGCCCGCUCGAGUUCGGCACCGUGCUCGUCUACACGUGCCGCGACAGCUGCUGGCGCGACGGCGACCGCGCCCGCGCCGAAGUGGUGCUGGUGCAGGCCGAGAUGCAGUGACGUCACAGGUCAAGCUGCAAUGACGUCACGGAGAAGGCGCAGUGACGUCACGGUCGGAUUCGCUGUCGGUCAUGUCAGUUGGGAAAGAUCGAGGUAGCCUUGAAUGGAAAAUGAAGAGCGAGUACUGCUAGAACAUGCCGAUAUUUUGUUUGACGAAGCAGUCGUGCGUUGCUUUGUGAACUGCUGCGGUUAGAUCGCUGCAGAUGCAUGGGCUUUCUUGUCACGGGCAGCCGUGUGUUCACGCGAGCGCUCCCCGCCAAGCAUACGAGCUGUGAGGAGUCUUGCCACACUUUCAUUUGUUUCACUCGCUCACAAUACAUGCUGAUGAAUA